UUAUAACCCAACUUUUUCAACUUGAACGAACUAUGAGUAUCGGCCUCUAGAACCCCAAGACAUCCUACGGGCUAUAGCACAGAGAAUCAUUUCGGAAAGCCUUUUACUUUCGCCGGGUGACACCUUCACGAAACGAUUAACACCAAAACCGGCAGAACAUCAAGAGUCAUUCGAUAAUUUUCGAAUCAACAUGAGCGGUGCACAAAUUGAGACGCACGGUAAUAUCCCAAUAGAAGACCUAGCGACAUGGGCAAGGAAAGUGCCCUACGGCGAGAAAAAAUGGGGGGGCCAGAGAUUCGAGACUUUACCAAAGGCGAGUAUGGAGGAAAACCUGCGAAAACGGAUAGCAGACAGUCUGGGAAAGGUUAAACAGUGGGAGAUCUUGAGGGUAACUGAAGAACAUACGUCGCUUACCGUUACAAAGGACGAGUCAACUUUGUUUGCGCUCGAGGUAAAAAAAGGGUGUGAAGUCUCCGGUCAUUCAGUUCAGAAAGGUCAGAGAAUUGAAAUCAGAAAAAACGAGAAGGUUAUUGUACAACCCUUCGGAGAAUUUCUGUGCAUCAUUCACUAAACACCUACCGACCCGCGCCCUUCCUCGUUAUCGGUCGGGCUUCGAUUACGCAGAAUAUGAUAUGUUGUUUGACAGAAGUUCUAGAGCUUUGUACGACUCAAGAUUGAAAGAGUGUUAUGCAUAUGAAACGCCUAUAGGUGAAAUUUGGUCUGAACGGUGAUCUGGCAGCCUCGUGACAAAGACGUCAUUAGUGGGCAUGUCAGAUGUGUUCAAAUCGAGGACGUCAGUGGCUGGUAGGUAAACAUGCUGAGACCAGAAGCGCUGUUUGUAGACGUAUUGAAUGCACUCUGCUCGAAGGCUCGACCGUCCAAG